UUUUGUGAGAAAAAUCUUUUUUUAUUCUGUGGGAACAACUUAAUUUGAGUAAAAAAGAAUUUUUAUUCUGUGGGAACAACUUAUUUUGUGAGAAAAAUCUUUUUUUUAUUCUGUGGGAACAAACUAUUUUCUGCUAUAUUUUUUUCAAUAUCUUGUUCCCUCAAGAUAAUAAGUUGUGCGAACAAAUUAAUUAUGUUGUUCCCACAACAUAAUUCAACCAAUCAAUUUCUUGCAUCUUGUUGUCAGAAAAAUGGAUAGAGAUGUUUUAAUUAAACAGUAUUUUGAAAUGGGUUUGAAGUAUCAGGAUAUUCAAAAUAUGUUAGAAGAGAGGCACAACAUUUGUAUCGGACUAAGGCAUUUAAGAAGGUUGAUGCGAGCGCAGGGAUUAGCCCGAAGAAAUUACGAUGAUUUAAGGCAAGUUGUUGACUUUAUACACAGUCAAUUACAGGAAUCAGGUCAACAACAUGGUUAUCGUAUAAUGCACGCACGCUGCCAAGCCUAUGGUCUUAAUGUCAGAGUGAACGAUGUGCGCUUGAUUUUGAAGUAUAUGGACCCUGUUGGAUCGUCUCUAAGGUCGGCCAGACGACUUCAAAGAAGACAGUAUUAUGCACCAGGCCCUAAUUUCAUUUGGCACUUGGACGGUUAUGACAAGAUGAAACCUUUUGGUAUUUGUGUGAGUGGAUGUAUCUGUGGUUUUUCGAGAAAUGUCAUUUGGUUGAACGCAUUUCACACAAACAAUGACCCGCGUGUCAUUGGUGGAUAUUACUUGGAAGCAGUAGAAGAAUUGGGCGGUUCUCCAGUAUUAUUAAGGGGAGAUUAUGGCACAGAAAAUGUUCGAGUUCGAGAUUUUCAGAUAUUUCUAAGGAGAAACGACGAAAUGUACCAGCGCUCCUACAUUGAAGGGACAAGUACAGCCAACCAACGGAUAGAAUGUUGGUGGGGGUAUCUUCGUCGGGAACAUAUGAACUACUGGAUUCAAACAUUCAGUCAUAUACAAGAUACAGGGGACUUCUCUGGCGAUUUCGUGGACAAGAAUAUCUUGCGUUUCUGCUUUUUAUCAUUAAUACAGAAUGAGCUUGAUAUUGCUAAAGAUAUUUGGAACAACCAUCAUAUUCGUCCGACGAGAAACUCUGUUGCUCCCUCUGGAAGGCCGGCCUUGAUGUAUAAUUUUUCGAAUCUUUGGAAUGCACGUGACUACCUGUGUCCAGUUGCUACUGAGGAUAUAGACACUUGCAAAGAGAGUGCAACAUUUAGAUCAUCUAAACCAUGUGAUGAUGAUAUAUAUGAACUGUGUACAUCAUUUCUGGCAGAAUAUGGUAUCGCUCCUCCUAAGGAUGCUGCCGGUGCGCACAAUUUAUACCAGGAAAUUCGUCAACAUGUAAGAUCAUUACUGUAACUGACAAAAAUGCCUUCAAGUUUGGCUGACAGACACUUACCGGGUUAAUACCUGUUUUAAAGCCAUAAUUGAUUGCUUCAUUCAUUUCGAUUAAAUAGUAUUCCCAUU